GUAAUCGAUUUUAUUAUUAAAUCGCUAUGCUUAGCGUAAAAAUACCAAGAAAAUACUAUAGUUAAUUAUAUUCAUGGAGUGAUGAAUGUCUUUUCUAACAAAUAUUUUUAUUUGAAAUGAAUAAAUAGCAAAAUGUCAGCAUUUUGUGAGAACAUUAACAAUGUCGAGAUGGAUCUUCCAGUACUAUUGGCCAAUUUGAAAAAAUCUUGUGGAUUAUGGUUCCUAAACGAGCGACAUACAACCGUCAUACUUAAUAAUGAAAACAACUUAUCCUCAUAUGAAAACAUAACAACAGCCACUGUGGAGAUAUUGCGUCAUGGAUUGAGUAUAAAAUCAGGAGAUACUAUAACGGCGAACUGUAAACCAACAAUUGGUUUUUCUAGUGAAAAUAUUUACCUUGAUAGCCCCGACGGUUUUAAGAAGCUUGUGGAAGAUUUUGAAUGGGUUUGUAGAUCGGCGCAGAUUCGUGAUUCAAUUGCAGGGGAUUUCUCUAUAGAACCGGCGUCAUAUGGGAGCAGCAUAAAACAAAAUGAGGGUGCAUCAUCUGCAACUAAUGACAGUGAACAGUAUUCAAUUGAAAGAUUCCUUUGUUCCUGGGUGCUACGUAAUUUACAGUCGAAUUGCUUAAGUGUUUGUUUGCAAGUUUUGGUUGCAGAAAAAGAGUUGAUCAAUACAUACUACACUAAAGAAGCAUUUCUACGCAAUGAGGCGUAUUCGACGUCACUUUUUAUUUGCUUAUCAGCUGUAGAAUUGAACCAAUACAGUCUGAUAAGUCAAAUAGAUACAAAACUUUACAGUCCAAAAUCCGGUAUGGGAACCGUGACUACUACAACGAGCAGUAAGCACAGGCGGACCUCUUCACAUCCCACAUUCUCCAUUUCUCCAUCUAAAAAUACAAAUAUUAGAAAGACUGGUGAAAAAUAUGAGGAAACGAAUGUGGAGAAAAGCCCCACAAAAAACGAUUUACGUAAAACGACUGAUUUUACAAAUGUUGCAUCGAAUUCGAGCGUCCCUGCUUUACUAACAUUUCGUAAAACGAAAAGCCUUCCAACAUUACUAUACAAACCCUACGUAUCGUUCGGAUUAUUUUUCGACGAAAAGCCUAGACCACGUUCUAAAACAAUGGCUAUUAAGUCGCAAAAUUGUUUACGAAAAAAUAAUAGGCAGCUAUUUGUUAAAUCAAAUGAUUUUAAUGCGGAGCCUACUCUUGUCAUUACGCCUAAAAUAAGUAAUAACAGUAGUUCCUGUUAUUCCAAUUCUACUACCAACACAAGAACCACAUCAAAUUCAUUGUGCUCUGGAAGCGAUUUCACUGACAUCGAACUGUCUUCGAAAAAUUGUCAAAACCAACAGCAAAUAUUUGCUUCAGCUAAAUUAAGGCAGAGAUCGUCUUCCUCAACACGUACGCCCUCCAUUUCUUCCUUUAAUACUGCACCUACCUGUCGCAUAGAAUUAAUUAAUUGCGAUGAUAUCAAAAUCUGGACCGAUCAGGCUUAUGAACAAACUCAAAUCCCACAAAGUGGUUUUAAUCGGGAAAACUCGACAACCGAUCCAUGUACCAUACCGCAAGGUUUUGAACCAUUCAAACAGAAAGCGAAAAGUGCAAGCCCUUUAGGCAGUUUUCUAUGCAAUCUAUUCAGCACUCCUCCCACAUAUACCCAUUGGUCCAUAUCCAAUCAAAAUGAUAACAGUUAUGUUAGCAAUUUAGAUGAUACCGAAACUAAUGGUUUUACUGCGGCAUUAGCCUUUCCUUGUAAUUUGAAACAACCUGCAGAUAAUUCGAAAAUCUCGUCUGGUGUCUUCGAUGCAUUCAUGCCAGUUUAUGGACAAAAGUUGCGUUCACGGCACUCCCAAAGCUUGUUUGAGGAUGGUAUAAGUACGCUAGAUUAUAAAACAACAGCAAAUGAUUCAGCAACGGAUAUAACAGUGAAAAGUGGUGCCAAAUUAACUGAAACCUCGAAACCAUUGCCAAAAUAUGAACAAUCGUUAACAGACUUUUUAGAAACUUCGCAAAUGUCUCGAAAUAACACUGAUUUGGAAAAAGAAAAUGCACAUUUUCGUGUAUCGGAAGCGAUAAUAUCAGCAAUGGAACAUAUAAAAUGGGACAACAGCACCGAACCAGAGAAAAAGUGGCGUCGUAGAAAAGAAGCAAGUCAAUCUGCAACUACCCAAAUCGCCACAGAUUGCUUGAGCAGUGAAAAUACAAACAGUCGUAUACAUAAAACUGAUACUUCUCCCGAUGAAGCCAGCGAACAUAUACCUUACGCAGAGUUAGAUGAGAAUUGUUUAGAUUCACUUUCUGCUGAAGUGGUUGGGCUCUCACUUAUUUCCAAAUUUAAUGACAAACAUCUGCCUAAAGUGUCCGAGUUGAAAUGGUUGGUUUCAGAGGAAGAUACGCCGCAACAACUAUUGCCAAUGCCUGAUAAUAGUCCUACCUCGAAUCCCGAUGAAAAUGUGAUACAACCGCUUACACGCGGCACACGUUAUUGGGCUCCACCACGCCAACAAAUUAUCUUUACGGAUCAUCCCUCGUCAAAUCGCAAAGAGUUGAUACAAAAGCAGAACAAUCGUUGCGCAGGCUGUGGAAUGCGAGUUUCUCGGCAAUAUAUCAAUAGUUUUCGCUAUUGUACGUAUCUCGGUAAAUAUCAUUGCACCGGAUGUCAUCGCAAUCAAAUAUCACCGAUUCCUGCAAAAAUUUUACAAUCUUGGGAUUACAAGUGCUAUCCUGUUAGCGUUUUCUCUUACCGCUUAUUGGAUCAGAUGUAUACGUAUCCGCUGUUUUAUGUGCCAGACUUAAAUCCUGCCCUAUACAUAAAUAAUAAAGGGCUAUUAUCCGCGCGAAAGAAGCGUGUUCACUUGAAAUUCGUUAAAGAUUUUGUAAAGACCUGCCGUUUUGCUGUCAGAGAGCAAGUUUACUUCGAAAGCAUACCAGAACACAUUGCAAACGAUCCGGAUAUUUGGUCAUUGUCUGAUUUCAUUGAUGUGCGAAACAAAAGUAUGCAACACUCAAUCGAUGAACUCAUUGAAAAAUGUGAACAUCAUAUUUUCAAUUGUGUGUUGUGUACAGCCCGUGGAUUUCACUGUGAAUUUUGCCAAAAGGAUCAAGUGAUAUAUCCAUGGCUACAAAAUGUGUUUCGUUGUGAUCGUUGUGGUUCUUGCUUUCAUUUGAGCUGCUGGAAGUUAAUGUCCAAUACGUGUUGUAGAUGCCAAAGAAUAAUCAAAAGACAAGAGAUUGUUGUUACCUGAAACGCAAUGCAACAAAGUUCAGCACCGAAAAUCCGAAUGUAACUUUAUCCAAAUUCGAAUAUAAUACAAACGCAAAUAUUAUAAAAAGAGUAUAUACGUACAAAUAUUUAGAUAUUACUAGUAGAAUUUGAUCUGUAAAUAUUGCUUAGCAGAAUACUAAAAAUAGUACGCAAAAUUGUUUUUUUUUUUUUUGUUUUUAUUGUAAUUCAACUUGGAGACAAAUACUGUAUAGUUUGUUCUAUCUUUAUCACUAUUUUAUUUAUAUGUAUUAAACUAUAUAAUCAAAUGUUAGGGUAUUUAUUGGAGUACGAUUACAGAAAAAAAUUAUAUUUUAUUGUUAUAAUUAUUUAAUAAUUAAAAAGUCUUUAAAAGAGGUACUCUUUUAAAUUCGAAUGAUGUUUAGAUUUUGAAAUUAGUUUAGUCUAAAUAUGUCUCCAUUAAACAUUUUUUUAGGUUAUAUAGUGGCUGUCGGUUUUUUAUUAAUGAGCAAAUAUUGCCAUUUAUAAUAUAUAGCUUUCAAAGCUUAUUUUUAUACAGUACUAAGUAUUAAACGAAAUUUAAGUGAGUAAUCUUAUUUUUAUUGUAAUUUAUAUAUAUGUACAUUUUGUACUAUUCUAAUCAAAAUUCUAAACUGUGGUAUUUGCUGAAAUGUAUACGAAAGUAUUUUAUUGAAUGAAUAACUAUCGAAUUUGUAUUUAUAUUUACUUUGAGCCUUCAAUAUCUGUGCUAUUUUAAAAUUAGUAAAGUAAUUAGUAAAACAACUUAAAACGAAAACAUUAUUAGACCAAAAUCAGUUUUUUAUAAAAAUAAAAUACAAAUUACUUAAUAUAUUUAAUUAUAAAUAAUGUUUUCUUAUUGGUUAUACAUAUUUAUGAAAAGGACAAAAUGUAUUUUAUUUAAAGCGAAGUUUAUAAAAAACCUGCAUUUUUAAUCAAAUGUAGUAAAAGAGCGAUAAGGAAGUGUAUUUAACUUUAACUUUAAGUGACUAUAUUUUUUCCGGCAAAAUCCGGGACGGGUUUUUACAUAUUAUCCAUAUUACAAUUCACUGAAAAUCGCGACAUAUGAUAGGGGGGGAAAGCAACACAACUUUAUUCGAAAAGAAUGGAAAUGAUUAAAAAGAAAGCAAAGUAAUAUUAAAAAAUUUAA